CAGAGCGCGGGACAUCCCCUCCGGCCCGGGUCUGCGCUCGGUGUCCGCACGGGCACAGGUCUCCCACACGCGGGCCCCGCAGCCGCGCCGCUUCCCGCCGAGCAUGGGGCUGCCUCGGAGAGCGGGGGACCCGGCGGAGCUGCGCAAGAGCCUGAAGCCGCUGCUGGAGAAGCGCCGCCGCGCGCGCAUCAACGCAAGCCUCAGGCAGCUCAAGGGGCUCAUCCUGCCGCUGCUGGGCAGGGAGAGCUCCCGCUACUCGAAGCUGGAGAAGGCGGACAUCCUGGAAAUGACCGUGCGCUUCCUGCAGGAGCUGCCCGCGUCCUCCUGCGCGGCCGCGGCGCCCCCGCCCCCGGACAGCUACGGCGAGGGCUACCGCGCCUGCCUGGCUCGUCUGGCCCGCCUGCUGCCCGCCUGGCGCGUGCUGGAGCCCGCCGUGAGCGCCCGCCUCCUGGAGCACCUGCGGCGGAGGGCGGCCGGCACCACCCCCGACGGCGGGCGCGCUGGGGUCUCCUGCUGCCCGCCCGCGCCUUCCCCGCCGCCCGCACCUGCGCCCGCGCCGCCCGCGCCUCCUCGCGGCCCCGGCCUCGGCCUCUGGAGGCCCUGGUAGCCUGCCAGCCAGUCCACGGACCCUGCUGACUGCAAGAGACCGGGAGCGCCGGGCCGACCGAGGAAACUCGCGGUGCCGGCUGCUGUUUCCGGCGCGGGCCACCAGCUCAGCACCCACCACCAGGCUGGACCCCGGCUGUUUGUGAUCUGUGCGGCCGCCUGAAGGCCAUGCGGGCUCAGCUGGAGGAAAUGAGGGCAGCGCAAACCGUGUGCCUGGGCUGGAGAAGGGGGCAGGUGUAGGGGGGAGCCCCCCCAACCCCCUCAGCCGCUGGAAGUGGCUGUACAACUAGGCCAACUACGAGCAGGCAGCUGAGGCUCCGAGCCCAGCACUGGCACCGGCCAAAGGGCUGGGCCAGGAGCUCACCUGAGCCCGGGGCAGCCCUCUAUUCUGACUCGUAGCUUGCUGCCUCCUUAUGACUGGGCUUAGGCACCUCCAGACACACAAUAGAGGGGCUCUCCCGGCUGGGCAGCCAUCACCUCCACUCCUGGGCUCUCUUGUUUAUAGGGUUAGGGUGCAGCCCUGGGAAGGACUUAUUUCCCCCCUAUUCAGUUCCCACCUGUGUACCACACACCCUAUCUAGGGGGCCUUGGGGUGUGAGGAAGGGGUGGGCUAAGAAGGAGGGUGCCCUGUGGCCUCAAGGAAGCUUGAGUCAGUGCCAGUGUCUGGCGAGCAGGCCUAUUCCAUUUACUUGCAGGUAACAGCCAGUAAGGGGACAGGAAACACCUUCCCUUGUUUUCUCUUGCAAACUGUUCCCUGCUCCUUGUCAGGACAGGUCACGGGAAGCCACUUGUUUCUCAGACUUCUUGUCCCUCUAGCUGGAAGCAAGGGGAGUCUGAGGAGACUCAGGGAGGGGCCUGUGGCCCCCAGGAGAAGGCAGGGGCAUCUGCGGCCUGCUGGUCACUCUGCAGGUUCAUGGGGAUACACUGAACACAUGAAGGAGGUUGGGACUCCCAGCCGUCCCCAGUCCAACAUCCUGAGCGAGGGAACAGGGCACUAGGGACAAGAGGAGCUGCCGGGGUGGGGAUGUUCACUAGAUCCAGCUACGGCACAAAAACCCAUGGGGACCUGGGCACUGAUUUGGGGGACCAGAUGUGGGAAGCUGUGGGCGUUAUGGAAGGAGUCAAUGUUAAGACAACAGGGGAGCCCCCAGCAAGGUGUGCUGUCCUGCGUCCUCACAGGCCCAGCUGGCUGGACUUCGAGCUCCUGCAGGGCAGGGCGAGGGCUGAGCUACCUCUGUGUCUCCAGGGACCUCAGCACGUGAUGGCUGCUCAGUAAAUAUCGUGAGCUAACGAGCAGGUGAUGUCACCGGACCACAGCUGUAUGGAACACUUUGGCCUCAGCUCCUACCCCCGGUCCUAAACGUCACUUUGAAAAUCUUUUCC